AUGAAUUACUUACUCUGUCUGCGCGCCAUUAUCGAUUUUCCCCGUCCUGAGUUUGCCUGCAGCCGUCAUGGCUGACGCAGAUGCCGGGGCUGCAGCUCAAUUUUCGGAACCCUUGGAUCUUGUCCGCCUCUCUCUCGACGAGGUCGUCUUCGUGAAACUUCGUGGAGAUCGUGAGCUCAAGGGCCGCCUACAUGCCUAUGACAGUCACUGCAAUUUGGUCCUAGGCGACGUUGAAGAAACAAUUUAUAUCGUCGAGGAGGAUGAAUCUGAGCAGGAAGUCAUUAAGACAAUCAAGAAGCAAGAAGAAAUGCUUUUCGUAAGAGGGGACUCGGUUGUCUUGAUAUCGCCUCAGGCCCCGUCAUAGGCGUGCACAGCGACUAAAUUUGGAAAACCGUAAGGUUUACGAUUCAAUAACAUCCUACCCAGAGGGAAAUAUGUUUUGCGCCGGAACGGCAUAUUGGGCAGCAAAUACUUGGCUGCGGUUUUCGGUUUAAUCGCUCUGGGAUACAGAUCAGUGGGAUUUCCGUAUUAACAGCAACAUGUGUUUAUUGUUUUUAAGCCACGCAUAAGUAUGUGGAAUUUGUUAGAUAGAUCAAAAAGAUGACUCGAUCGUCUCCUUCCAAUGGCGAAGAGAGCACUCGGCGUUCCGAAUUAGGCAAAGCAAAGCGACUUGCUCUGACCCAUAUCACAUUCUAGUGUGUUUAGCGGAAGAAUCUAAGAAUCUACAAGU